UGACAACGUUCCUUAGGCUUAGACCGGCAGAGACACACCAUAACUUACAACAUGAAUUGAUCGACAAUUAAGAGGCCAGUCGAUCAUGGCGGACAUGGACCUUGAUUCACCCCCAUCGUCGGAACCGGCAACCCUCUCCUUCACACCUGCAACUCGGAUUGCUGAACUCAACGAGAUCGAUCAGUCUAUUUCCACCCUCCUCUCAGCAGCAGCUGACGCAGUUGGCAUUCUGUCAGGCGCACGUCCUUCCCAAUCCCAAGAGAAACCACUCGGCGACCUCGAGUCCGCCCGCAGUGCAUUUACGGCUGCAGCAGAAACCUACUUCUCGACCCUAUCGUCGAUCGAGGUUCGACUGCGGCGUCAAGUCUAUGCUUUAGAAGAGGCGAAUCUCAUAAGGCCAGGCACCGAUAGGGAUGCACGAAGAGGGCGCAUAUUGGGCGGAGAUUCCGGCCUGAACACCGCCGGUGGUGGUCCUCUAGAUCCUAGUUGGCUGAAUGCGAGAGCCACAGAUAAGGUGGGGCUGAAGAAGAAACAAGAACUUCUGGCACAAGCGCGAGAUUUCAUCGAGCGAGCGGCACAUCCGUCGCAAGAUGGAAAUUCAGCCGUUGCGGAUUCUAACGCUGAACAAGUCAAGGACGAACAAGAUGGAUCAGUCUAAGACACAGACAAGAAACAAGACAAAAGAACAUCAUCAACGUAAACAAGAUAGCCAAUCGCAUGUCACUCAACAGUCCGGGCUCCGAUCGCACAGAUACAAGUGCCGAAGAGAUUGGUCAGUUUCAUGGGCACUUCUUGCACUACUGAUGGUCUCUUUGACGGCAGCUAAACAGGGAUCUGUCUCGUUGCUAUGAGGAUUGAAACUGAGCAUACGAUCGUUGGGUUGUUCUAGGCAAGAGUAAUUGGCUUGGACAACUUUGAUUUGUCCUGUCGCCAACACCCAACAGGCGGUUGGGAUUCAGUUCGAAGCAGCGCCAUAGCGGUGGCCCAGCAUGGUAAAUACAGGCACAUAGAGGGCUAGCAUUAGAGACUAGAGAUCAGGAAACUUGUACCCCAUGGCUUCACAGCUCGAUAACACAAGUACUUAGAAUCUCAUUGCUUUCGUAGCUCAGUUCGUAGAACUUGAAGGCGGGUAGACAGAGUUGAUGUCUCCAUUCCGCCAAUAGAAAUGCAGCUUGGCGCGACUG